AUGAGGUUAACUGUUGACGGUCAAGCUUCUGAUAUCGAACAAACAAGGAUUUUUGCAAACUGGCUUUUGGAUUUAGGAGAAGGAAAGGUUGAUGGUGUGAAUGAGGGUGAGGCAUUUAUUGAUAUACCUGAUGAUCUUUUCAUUAUAGAUUCAACGGAUCCUAUAUCUGAAAAAGCAAUGCUUGCACCAAAGGAUGAAGUCGUUCAAGAAAUAAACGAUCGUUUGCUAUCUUUGUUUCCAGGAGACGAAAAGGGGUACCUAAGUUUCAUUAGUCUAUGUGAAUCGGAGUAUCUUCACAAACAGUUUGAUGAAACUUUGUACUCACCUGAUGUAUUAAAUGAUCUUAAAUUAUCGGGUUUGACAAACCAUAAAAUAUUACUAAAAGUCGGUGUUCCAGUUAUGUUACUAAGGAUUAUUGAUCAGAAAUCUGGGUUAUGCAAUGGAACUAGACUACGGGUGUUAUCUUUGGGAAAUCGGGUUAUAGAAGCAGAGAUCAUAUCUGGAAGUAAUAUUGGAAGUCAGACAUUUAUUCCAAAAAUGUCUUUGACACCUACAAGCAAAAGGUUUCCAUUCAAGUUUUAA